CUGUCCUCGUAUCUUUCUGCCACUCCCGCGCUGAUCGGAAUUCCCUCGCAUAUAGGAGUACAUAUACCCCUCGUCGUCCCAUCCGAACUUCCUUCCUUGAGCCGAGGUCAAGCGCCGGUGCUACUAGAACCGGGACCUUUCCUUCCCUUCAUCCUCCACUAUCUGAAGCCACCGUCUACCACGUCUACUGUCCCUUCAUCCAUCCAUCGAUUCCGAACCAUCAGUCAAAAUGACGACGACUAACGGAAAUGGCGCCCCCCCUGUCGGGCAGGAGAACAUUAACACUGACAUCAUCACCCUCUCGAGAUUCUUUACAGAAGAGCAGACCAAGCACCCUCAUGCCACCGGCGACUUUACUCUUCUGUGCCACUCUCUUCAGUUUGCUUUCAAAUCCAUUGCCUACUAUAUCCGACGGGCAUCACUGAUCAAUCUGUCCGGGUUGGCCGGCUCCUCAAACACCACAGGUGAUGAUCAGAAGAAGCUGGAUGUGAUUGGAAAUGAUAUUAUCGUUUCGACCUUGAGAGGUUCAGGCAAAUGCCGCAUUCUCGUAUCCGAGGAGGAAGAAGAGGCUAUUAUUUUCAACAACCACCAGGCGCGUUAUGCAGUUGUCUGUGACCCGAUUGAUGGCUCCUCCAACCUCGAUGCAGGUGUUUCCGUCGGUACCAUCUUUGGUAUCUUUCAGCUUCCCGAGUCGGUUGUUGGUCCGAACAAGACCGUCUCCGCCAAAGAUCUUCUCCUUCCCGGAACGGAGCUUGUUGCUGCAGGUUUCACCAUGUACGGUGCUUCUGCCCAGCUCGUCAUUACCAUGAAGGGAGGCACCGUCAACGGCUUUACCCUGGAGAACUCCCUCGGUGAAUUCAUCCUCACCCACCCCAACAUGAAGCUCCCUGCCAAGCGGUCUAUCUACUCCGUCAAUGAGGGUAACAGCGUGUACUGGGAUGAAUGGGUCAAGGACUACUUCAACCAACUGAAAUAUCCUGGGGAAGGCAAGAAGCCCUACAGCGCGCGUUAUAUCGGAAGCAUGGUGGCAGAUGCCUAUCGGACUCUUCUCUACGGCGGUAUUUUCGCCUAUCCUUCUGACUCAAAGAGCAAGGGCAAGCUUCGUAUCCUAUACGAGUGCGCUCCCAUGGCCAUGGUGUUCGAGAAUGCAGGUGGUCUGGCCAUCAACUCACGAAUGGAGCGUCUUCUAGCUGUUGUACCUGAACACAUCCAUGACAAGAGUGGUGUGUUCCUCGGCUCCAAAGACGAGGUCCAAAAGGUCAUCGAUAUCUACAAUAAGCACAAGAAAUAACCCCCCUCCCCAAAAUAAAGGCGAGUCAAAAUUGAAACGGGACUUCUGUUUCUUAUCCUUUCCCCCUUCGGAAUGGGAAGUAUUCCAAAUAAUACUUAUUCUUAUUGACUCCCCGAUAUGUGGAUCAAUCUUACGCGGAUAUCUUAUGAAUUGAAUAUUUCUUUGUACGGAAUAUCUGAAUAAUGCCACCCAGUGAAUGCAAAUGAAACUAAAUUCAAUUGUACACGCAGAGCUAGCAUACUUACACCUUUCCCUUGAUUUCUACGAGGCUCAUGUAUAUACAUACAAGUUGCAAAACGUCAAAUGAAGCUGAAAUAUAACUGCUAGUCUCACAAGGAGCCAAAAUUCAGACAGAAAAAGGAGAAUCGAAUGAAUGAAUAUAGAUAAAUGCAAUAAACCGGUUUAAUCAACCGGAUCCUCCUCUAGGAGGGCCUUAAAGCUAAAUGGCGCAAAGGGUAUACCCUCGCCCAUGAAAUGUUUACUCAUAGCCUCAACCCAAUGCAGACGGAGGGAGUGCAACAUGGCACUGGUACCCUCCAUCACGCAGAGGACACCAAUAGUCAAGACGAACCAGAGGAAGAAGGUUGCGACGAUCAUGAUGACGCGGAGAGUGUGGGAUUCUUGCUCGAAGGCGCCUCCGAUAGUCAUCUUCCAUAGGACGAUGGAGAGCUGUUGAUGCGCAAGAGAAAGGGCCCAGAGACGAAGAUACGAAGCGGUGUGGGAAAUACAGUUGAGACAGAAUUCGAUCGUGUGGAUGACCUGGUGGAUCAUGGCGUCGGCGAAAUCAAACUCCUCGUGCUCUUCCUCGUCCAGAUCCUGAGCUAUCAUGGCAACGCCAUCGCCUUCACUGGCCAUGCUGUCGCGAGCUCCGUUGAGAUUUCCAUUAGUUUCAUCCUCAUCGAGGGCGCUAACACGCGACUGUUCGCCCAACCCGCGGUAUCCCAGGGCCCGCGCACGGUUAUGUUCCCAUCGAAGGUACAUCGGCUUGAAGAACAGCAUAAUCGGUACUUGAAUAACAGCGAGAAGCAGUAGAACCACCUGCACACCUGCCUGACCAGGAUAAAGCUGUUGUUCGAUGGUACCGGGACUCAGGAACAUGAAAAUCAACAUGUUCAAGAGGCCAGGAGGAGACACACCCUUGGCGUUCCAAUCGACAGACCACUUGUAGAUGAUAGUAAGGACGAGAUAACCGAAAAUGGACUGGAAGAAUAUCAUUCCUGGAAUGAAGUUUCCAAAAAU